AGAAGCAGCAAGUCAGAAGCCUAAAGGGACAGGAGUGCCGCCCUGGAGCCCACCAGAGCCCCUGUGGGCAUGGAGGCCUCAGAUGGGCAAGGGGGUGAAGAGGAGAAGCCACUGGAGAAGGUGACUGAUGUGCCCUGCUCAGAGAAGCGCUCCAGCUCUACCCUGGCCAGGGACUCGCUUGUGCGCCACGCCAAAGGCCUGGGCCAGGACACCUUCAAAAUCUGUAAAGAAUAUCUAAGGCCGCUGAAGAAGUUCCUGCGAAAGUUGCAUCCACCCAGGGACCUUCCUGAGAAGAAGAAGCUAAAGUACAUGGAGCAGAGUCUGGUGGUCCUAGGGGACCACAUCAACACCUUUCUGCAGCAUUACUGCCGAGCCUGGGAGAUCAAGCACUGGAAAAAGAUGCUGUGGCGAUUUGUCUCCCUCUUCUCAGAACUGGAGGCCAAACAGCUUCGCAGGCUCUAUAAGCACACAAAGGGCAACCAGAGAGCCAAGUUCCUGGUGGCAUUCUGUCCCCUGGACGCCCAGGAGGGCUCCUUGCUGGUCGACCAGGAAGACAGUCUGCCCAAGCUCUGCAGUGCCUGGGGGCUGAGGGACAACAUCAGCGGCAUGAAGGAGCGGCUGUCCCAGAUGCAGGCCCCCGGCCUCCCCGGGGCCUCCCUGCCGCGGGACCCGAGCCCACGGAUCCACAUCAGGAGAGGUCCUUUAAGGAAAAUUCCUCAAAAACCAAAACUCAAGAGAAAGAGGGUUAAGGAAGCCCCAGAAACUCCAGAGACCUGCCCCUAA